UAUUUUUGGCCCCUUCCUUUCCCUGUCGCAGCAUCUCUGACCUUUUCGCCCAACCUCUUUCCUCUCGGCCAUGGACAACAAUCCGAGCAACGGAGACGAAGAGCCAAUGGAGGUGGAGGAGGAGGAGGAGGAGGAGGAGGAGGUGCGGUGCCUCGAUCUCACGAGCUACCAACUCCACGAUCUUGGCGAGGUCGAGAUACCCGAGAGCAUCGAGGAGCUGGACCUCACGGCCAAUCGGCUAUCCAAGCUCGAUCCCCGCAUCGCGCUUCUCUCUCACCUGAAGAAGCUCUCGCUCCGCCAAAACCUCUACGACGAUGAGGGGAUCGAGCCCCUAUCCCGCUGGGAUACGAUCUCCGGAUUGCAUGAGUUAGUUCUCAGGGAUAACAAACUCACAAAGAUACCUGACGUAAGCAUUUUUAAGAGUCUUCUUGUAUUUGAUGUCUCUUUCAAUGAGAUAUCUUCCUUAAAGGGUUUAUCCAAGGUUUCAAGCACGCUCAAGGAACUUUAUGUUUCAAAAAAUGAAGUUGCAAAAAUGGAGGAGCUUGAACAUCUCCAUGCAUUGGAGAUUCUUGAGCUUGGUUCCAACAAAUUAAGGACAAUGGAGAAUCUAGCCAACUUGACAAAUCUGCAUGAGUUGUGGUUAGGAAGAAACCGUAUCAAGACUGUUAACUUAUGUGGGCUGAAGUCUAUCAGAAAAUUAAGUUUGCAGAGCAACAGGUUGACGUCCAUGGCAGGGUUUGAAGAAUGUAUUGCAUUGGAAGAACUAUAUCUGAGCCAUAAUGGUAUUCAGAAGAUGGAAGGCUUAUCCACCUUGCAGAACCUUCGUAUUUUGGAUGUUUCAUCUAAUAAGUUAACAGCUAUCAACGAUAUUGAUAAACUGACAAAAUUAGUGGACUUGUGGUUGAAUGACAACCAAAUAGCAUCACUAGAAGGUCUGGAAGCUGCUGUAGCUGGCUCCAGGGAGAGCCUUACAACAAUCUAUCUCGAGCACAAUCCAUGUGCUUCCUCUCCAAAUUAUACCUCUACUUUAAAGCAAAUAUUUCCAAAUAUUCAGCAAAUUGAUUCGGAUAUAUUGAUGUGAGCAAUCAAUUGAGCAUCUCAUGUGGCAGGCAAUAGAAAAUCAUGAGAUGGGAUGUUUCGAGAAAUGAGCUAAAGGGGUGGCAAUUAUCAAUUAAAAUCCGAACGAUCAAUCGUCUGUUGAGCAAUAUAUAUUCUCUGCUUUGGGAUACAGUUUUCAUGCUCCCAAAGUUUGUUAAUUGUUUACCUUUAUGACAGUUUCACUGAUCAAUCGUGUUAGCUUUGAGAUUAAAGCGUCUUGUAAGAGGAUAGAGAACUUUUGUAUUUUGACUUAGAAAGGUUCAGAAUGUUUGCUAUCCGAAGUUAAAUUGAUAAAUAAAUUUUCGAGGUAAGCACCUGUAUUUGAUUCUGUACUUAAGUAGCAAGAAUUUUGAGACA